AACAAAGAGGGUUUCUGCAAAACCCCUUAUUUUUGUUUAUUCAAACGCCGGCGAAGAAGAGAGCGAACCACUGAGAAAAGAGAAGAAGAGGAUCAGUAACCGCCAUGUCGGGGUUUUCGUUUGGUCAAUCCAAUUCCGUUGGAGGUUUCUCAUUCGGAUCUUCUUCCGUAACUAAUUCAUCUUCUGCUGCAUCUACCACUUCUCCGUUAUCUUUCUCAUUUAACCAAUCUUCAAACCCUAGCUCCGCCGGAUUUGGUUUCGGAUCCACCGCAGCAUCAUCAACCCCUGCUUCCUCCACAACCCCAUCUUUUGGAUUCGGAGCUUCCUCAACUCCUUCGUUCGGAUUCGGUUCCUCUGCUUCAUCGACUCCUUCUUUCGGAUUCGGAUCCUCUGCUUCCUCGACUCCUUCAUUUGGAUUUGGAGCCAAUGCUUCUUCAUCUGGUUCUGCGCCGUCUCUGUUUGGUUCAUCUGCUGCUGCUCCUGCUUCUGCUGCUGCUCCUGCUUCUUCUCCUUUCGGAUUCGUGACUUCCUCGGCUUCUCAGCCUGGUUCUUCUCCGUUCGGAGCUCCGUCCUCCUCCUCCUCCGCAGCUCCGUCUUCAUCUCUUUUCGGAGCUUCUCCGGCUUCAGCGAGUAGUGGUUCAUCAUCUCUCUUUGGAUCUUCCUCAUCUUUAUUCUCCGCUUCUUCAUCUGCUUCCGCCUCGAGUUCACCUCUCUUUGGAGGAUCCUCAUCCGCCUCUGCUUCAACAUCUCCUCUUUUCGGCGCGCCUUCUUCAGCCACCGCUUCGUCACUUCCCUUCGGCGUUGCCUCAUCAACCUCUGCCUCCUCAUCAUCCAUCUUUGGAGCCACCGGCUCGACACCUUCAUUUAGUGUUGCCUCAUCAGCCUCUGGCUCCUCACCUUCAAUCUUUGGAGCCACCGGCUCGACACCUUCCUUCACUGUUGCCUCAUCAGCCUCUGGCUCCUCACCUUCAAUCUUUGGAGCAGCCGGUUCGUCACCGUCUAUCUUUGGUUCAUCUUCGGCAGCGGGUUCAACUCCGUCUCUCUUUGGAUCGUCCUCGUCAGGCGCAACAGCUUCUUCACCGUCCCCGUUUGGAUUAUCUACCAUUAAUCCCUCGCCUGCCUCAGCUUCUCCUUUCUCCGCGUCUACCGGAUUCUCUUUCUUGAAAAGCACAGCAAGUUCGACAACUACCACCACUGCUUCUGCUCCUCCACAAACGGCUUCAUCAGCUUCCUCCUCUUCUUCUUCCUCCUUCUCAUUUGGUCCACCCGCAAGUUCAAGCUUUAACCUUUCAACCGGAAGCUCAGCAGCACCUGCCUCUAGCACACCCGGAGCAGUGUUUUCUAUUGCAACCACCACCACUACUACUACUUCUUCUUCUUCGACUCCCGCUGCUACUAGUGCACCAGCUUCUUCAGCUGCAGCUUCUACAAUGGGUUUCCCUUCUUUUAGUGUGAGUUCAUCUGCCACCAACACCACUCCGGCUAGCUCUGCUGCUACAUUCGGUACUGCAGGAUUUAGUUUGGCUAGCUCGACUCCUGCCGCUGGAUCUAGUAGCUCCUUUACUGCGUUUGCUGUACCCCAGACUUCAACACCUGCAUCAUCUUCACAACCACAAACCACUACUCCUACAUUCUCAUUCAGUGUUCCAUCUUCGACUUCUACUACUGCUCCUGCUACCAGUUCUGCUGCUACAACACAGACAUCUCUUGUUGUGGCUUCGAGUAGUGGGACGAGCACAGCUGUUGCUCCAGUGGCUGGUUCUCCAAAGCUGCCAUCUGAAAUAACUGGCAAAACUGUUGAGGAGAUUAUCAAGGAGUGGAAUACUGAGCUACAAGAACGCACAGGGAGAUUCCGGAAACAGGCAAAUGCAAUAGCAGAGUGGGAUAAGCGGAUCUUGCAAAACCGUGAUGUUCUUUUAAGACUUGAGAUUGAAGUUGCAAAAGUGGUUGAAACCCAAUCUAGCUUGGAACGUCAGCUGGAAUUAAUCGAGACUCAUCAGCAAGAGGUUGACAAGGCUUUGCAAAGCAUGGAGGAAGAGGCUGAGCGUAUAUAUAAUGACGAGCGGAAAUCACUUCUUGACGAUGAAGCAGCAUCAACUAGAGAUGCAAUGUAUGAACAGUCUGAGCUUGUAGAAAGAGAAUUGGAGCAUAUGACUGAACAAAUCAGAUCGAUUAUACAAUCUGUAAAUGCAAACCAGGGAGGAGAACUUGAAGCAAUAGAUGGGAUGAGUCCACUGGAUGUAGUUGUAAGAAUCUUGAACAAUCAACUCAGUUCCUUAAUGUGGAUUGAUGAGAAAGCAGAAGAAUUCUCUUCUCGGAUUCAAAAAAUCGCAUCUCAAGGUUCUAGUGGAGAUCGUGAAUUAAUGGCACCAAAGCACUGGAUGUCUUGAUAUUUUUUUUAGUUUCGUGUUAUUUCUCUAGUCUCUAUGCAAGAAGUGUCUGAGAUUUUACAAUAACACAUGAUAAGUUUUUUACCAUAAAGAUUUGUAUCAUCAUUUGAAAAAUUUGAUUGACUGGUUGGUUUGUUGUUGUAA